UCCUCAAAAAAAAAAAAAAAAAAAAAAUUACCCAUGAAAUUGUUUACCAAUCGACAAUCGUAUCUAUCGGAUGCCUUUUGAAUUUAUUCUAGCCCAAUGUCAUACCCUUAAAUAAAUGGCUAUACCCAAGUUGGGCCCUAUGUUAUUUUGGUAGGUAGGUACAAAUAAGGGGCCAACGUGUUAAUUUUGGUAGGUAGGUACAAAUAGAGGCCCUGGUGAAUGGUGAAUGGUGAAUGGUGAAUGUAAAUGACGUUGCAACUUGCAAGUAUUAAAAGCAUUCCGGUUGAGUGCAGUUGAGACCACAAGUCCAUAAAUUGAAGGAAAAACUAAAAGGCCAACAACAGUACUCCAGCCUAGCUCAAAAAAAUUGAACAUGGAGGAAAAACAGCUGAGAGUAGUGAUAUAUCCAUGGUUGGCCAUGGGGCAUAUAAUUCCAUUUAUGCACCUAGCUAACAUAUUAGCAGAGAGAGGUCACAAAGUGACUGUAAUGCUCCCUAACAAGGCAAAACAAAAACUAUUACUUGAUGAAUCUUCUUCUUUAAACAACCUCCAUCCAUCGCUAUCUAACCUCACACUCCACACAAUCACUAUCCCCGCAGUUCAUCCACUCCCUCCAGGGACAGAAACCGUCUAUGACAUCCCCUGCCACCUCGAGACCCACCUCGCCACCGCUUUAGACCUUAUCCGUCCCGAGUUUGAGUCUAUCAUUUCCAAACUCCAACCCAACAUUAUCUUCUACGACUUUGCCUACUGGAUCCCUGAGGCAGUAGCUGCCUGUAGGUCCAAUGCCAAGUGUGUAUCCUAUUCCACAACCUCUGCUGCGUGCUCGUCUUUAAUUAUGAUCCCAUUUCGUGAACCACCAAAACAUCUAGAUAGGGACGUCAAUGAUGAGGAUUCAUGUGUUGCUGAUAUUCCUCCUGGUUAUCCUAUGUCCACACCACUGAUCAUGGACAAGGAGGUGAAGAACAUCUUAUACAUGCCCUACGGUGAGGGAGUCACCUUCCAUCAACGCCUCACCAACUCCUUCAAGGGUUGCGAUGCUAUCAUUGUUAAGACAUAUGGUGAGAUAGAAGGCAAGUAUUGUGAGUAUUUGUCUACCCAGUACAACAACAAGCCCGUCCUUCCAUUCCUACUUCUCCCAAACCCCAAGAAGGAAAAGCUAGAGCCCCGUUGGGGAGACUGGUUGAGUCAGUUCGACCCAGGAACGGUUGUGUUUUGUGCCUUUGGGAGUCAGGCUGUGCUAAAUGUGGCCCAAUUCCAAGAGAUCUUGCUCGGGUUUGAAAUGACUAGAUUACCCUUUUUGGUGGCGUUCAAGCCCCCUACUGGUUGUGCAACCGUGGAAGAGGCGUUUCCGGAGGGUUUUAAAGAGAGGGUUGGAGAGCGAGGGGUGGUGACCGGGGAGUGGGUGCAACAACAAGAGAUACUAGGGCAUCCAUCUGUUGGAUGCUUUGUGAGCCAUUGUGGGUGGGGGAGUAUAUGGGAGUCUUUGAUGAGUAAAAAUAAAUUAGUGUUGAUCCCACAACAAUUUGAACAAGCGAUAAAUAGUAAAAUUCUUGCGCAGGAGUUGAAACUGGCUGUGGAAGUUCAAAGAGGGGAGGAUGGGUCAUGGGUGUCUAAAGAAAGUUUGUGUACAUCUCUUAUAUCUGUCAUGGAUCAAGAUAGUGAGAUUAGUAGUUUGGUCAACAAAAACCAUCAAAAUUUGAGGAACAAAUUACUUGACCCUGGUUUUAUGGAUGCUGAAACUGAUAGGUUCAUCAACUAUUUACAAGCUCUUGUUGCUUGACCUUAUUCCAUGCAUAUUUUGUGGAAUAAGUUUAAAUCUUAGGUGGUUCGAUUAUAUGAGUUAAAUAAGCUAGGAUUCCACUAGCGUAGGUCUCAAACAAUAUGUGUAAUGUGUUGAGUUCAAUAAGGAUUCCACAUGCAAAUUUCUUUUUACAAGAUUCCACAUGCAUUAGCUCUCAAAUAAUUUAUGUAAUUCGUUGAUGUUGUUCCAUAUAAUUCUCCAUAUUUACUCUUUUAUCGCUUUCAAUGUACUUUUUUUUUUUAAAACUAAAAAUCACUCUAGUUAUUUAUGGAUAUAUUUUUAAAAAGUCCUAUUUUUAUCGAAACAAUUCUAAUGAAACAUAUAUAACUUUUAAUUUUUA